AUGGACAUAUCGAGCCCUGCCCAAAAUUUUGUCAGCGAGCUGAACAGGGAUCUGGACACGCAUUUCUCCCGCGAUCGCACAAAUGACUACGACCGUGUCGUGUGCCUCAUCAUCUAUUGGGCGUGCGCCCAAACAGACUACAAGAACGAGGCUGUGCAAGUCCAGUCUUUCUUCACCUCCGAAUUAGGUUAUAGGGCUGAUCUGUACGAGAUUCCCCUUCUCGAAAAGAAUGGUAGCCACCUGGCAGUGGACAACAGAAUCCAUCGAUUAGUUGAAUCUUUACAAGAACCGCGAAGUCUGGCGAUCAUUCACUAUGGCGGCCAUGGAGACGACGACUUAGAGAAAGACGAAAAAGGCAGACGGCCGCGACGGUCGGUCUGGGCAGCUAGAAGCGAGUUGAACAGUCCGAAAGUGUACUGGUCGGACAUACAACCAAGACUUCGAUAUGUGAACGGGCACGUUCUACUCAUUCUGGAUUGUUGUUUCGCUGCCCAAGCUGCGAGAGCUGGAAAUGAUCGUAUCAUUCCACCAAACGUUGAGAUGGUCGCAGCUUGUGCUAUGGGUGUAAUGACUGUUUCUCCAGGGGAAAGAUCAUUCACAUCAAGAUGGCUCAAGGAGGCGAGGGACCAGCUCGAACGCAACAAACACAUUCGCGUAUCCGAAAUCCAUGAUGCGCUUCCGAAUCGAAGUAAGAAAGUAAUGGAAACUCCUCUACAUUGGGGCCUUAGUAAUGGCUCAAUACGACUCGAUCCUCUUCCCAAAGCAAAUUCGUCUUUGCUCGCUCCCAAAGGAAGUGGUGGUGGUGCGUUGACCCUUCGCAUCCUGACCCAGAGUCCUCUAGACGAAUCCACCAUGGACGCCAUUCUUUUCUGGCUCAAGAACGAGGCUCCUCGGGGCAUUGCGUCUGUAAGGAUCGAGGAGUUGACCACUCUUACGUCCCAGCUACGUGGUUUCGUGCUUGAAGAUAAGGAAUGCGGAAGAUCAGUUGCAGCAAUACAUACCCUGACGGAGAAGUCCCAGACUGAGGUUCGCAGUACUUGGGACACAUUCAAGAUUAGACUGGUUUCAGCAGUUCAGAGUCUGGCGGCUGGAUUGUUGAUAGAGAGAAGUCAGGACGAGACUUCCGACGACAUCGUCGCGAGAGAAUUCCUCAACAAUUACGAAAAGAACUUGCAAGCACUUCAACGAGUUGUUCAGAGAGGUGUCCUUUCACAUCCCCAGCUUGAUGAUCAAGUGUUUUUGGCUUCGGCUAUUGAGGACAUGACCCUCAAGGACCUCAACAUCGUCGCCAUCUUACGCGCACGACUUCACGCGAACUUUGAGGGCUCAGUCUCUCCUACUUUAGAGAAGAGACCACCCGAAACUCGAUUCCAAGGAAGUCCCGACUUUCGCGUACCACUUCAUAUGGAAGAACGACCAGAUUUCAAUGGCAUCGUUCUGGUGGAGUAUAAACCCUACGAAAGGAUUGAGCCAAGCAGCAUUACUCUUUGUGAGCGGCGAGUCGCACAGCUUGCCACCGUUCUGAAAGACUCCGAGCCAUCAACCUUCCACACCCCGCAAUGUCUAGGGUGGUUUCACGAGAAGGUCGAGCAGUGUUUCGGUCUGAUCUUCCGACCUCCGCGCGCCGACUUUCGCCGGCCGGUGUCUUUGCGCGAGAUCCUGGAAUCGCCCAAUCCCGUCCCCGGCUCUAAAGAGAGGCCACCAAAAGGCGCUGAGAAAUACAGGAAACCCGACCUCGGAGAGCGCUUUGAUAUCGCAAGGAAGAUAUGUAAAGCUGUCAUACAGUGGCACAGUGCUGGUUGGCUGCAUCAAGGCAUCGCAAGUCACAACGUCGUGUUCCUUCAAGCGGCCGAUGGCAGUCUCAGGUACAAUGAGCCCUUUCUGUGCGGCUUCGAGUUCAGUAGAGAACACAACGAGCUUUCCAGAGACUUGCUCUCUUACAAACCAGAGCUGGAUGUUUAUCUGCACCCGGAUCGCCAAGGAAGACCCCCAAAGACAUCGCACACGCAAAAUCACGACUACUACUGUUUGGGGUUGCUCUUUUCGGAGAUUGCUAUGUGGGAUUAUGUCCCUAACAUUCUUCACAAAUACAUCGACAAAAAGGGUGCCGGUAUGGUACAAGAUAAGAUGAGGAGCGCAAUGAAAGGUAUGCUGCGUCAUUCCAUGGGCACAGCCUAUGAGCAGGCUACCAUCUUAUGCUUGGAAGCGAACUUCACUCCCGGAGCUGGAGGCGCAAAGAACGGGGUGGUCGAAGAAUUCGAAAAAAGUGUUUUGACGAGGAUCGAGGCAGACCCAACCCAAGAACUAUACAAUCGAUGA